AAAGUUGAAUAGUUAUGGAUGUCAUUAAUACUGUAACUAUUACCUUGCUGUUACUCAUGUCUGGAGGCACAAGAGUUGAAACGAAGCAGAUACAACCCGGUGACACACUGCUCCCGAGUACUACUCCUGCUUGGUAUUCCCGUUCUGGUGAGUUUGCAUUUGGUUUCUAUCCGCAAGGGCAAGGCAAUGACUUUGUCGUUGCAAUUUGGUUGAUUUGCGGGAAGAACAAGACAGUGGUAUGGACUGCACAGCGGAAUGAUCCACCGGUCAACUCAAAUGCAAAGCUAAAACUAACGAUGGAUGGCAAAGUCGUACUAAUAGACGAGCAAGGAGGGGAGAAGAUUAUUGCGCGUAAUGCUAGUGCGAAAGCUUCCUCUGCCUCCGUGCUUGAUUCUGGAAACUUUGUACUAUACAACAAUAAUUCCAGCAUCAUAUGGCAGAGUUUCGAUUACCCAACAGAUACUUUGUUGGGGGGUCAAUCUCUUCUUCCUGAUGGACCUCAACUGGUCUCUAGUUCAUCGCAGAACAGCCACUCAAGUGGACGGUAUCGUCUCAAGAUGCAGAAUGAUGGAAAUCUUGUUCUGUAUCCAGUAAACACAACUGACACAGCAUGGGAUGCUUACUGGGCCUCUGAAACUUACAAUUUUGGUGUCAAAACUUAUCUUUAUUUCAACCAAACAGGUUCACUGCAGAUCACCAAUGGCAGUGAAGGGGGCCUUACGAGGAAUCUUAUCAGUGACAGUGCUCUAUCUUUACCUAAAGAGAACGGGGUUAUUUAUCGUUCAACCCUGGAUUUUGAUGGGAUAUUUCGGAUGUAUGCGCAUUUUAUCAAUGGUAGUAUCCACAAAGUGGGUAACUGGCCGCGGGAAAAUAACUGUAUAGUAAAAGGUUUUUGUGGCUUCAACAGCUACUGCACAACCAAUGACAACCAACCAGUGUGCACUUGUCUUCCGGAUUUUGACUUAAUAUAUCCAAACGAUUCCACUCUAGGCUGCAAAAGGAGCUUUCACAAAGAAGAUUGUACUGCCGAGGUGAAUGGGAAAGAUAGUGCAACCUUUUAUGUGAUGAAGCCGGUGGGGGAUAUGAAGUUGGCGGAUCUUCCUUAUUUCAAGGCAGAAAUGUUACAAGAAGAAGAUUGCUCUUCUGCUUGUUCCGCUGAUUGCAAUUGUGAGGCUGCAUUUUAUGACGAUAAGGACAGAAGCUGCAUGAAACACAGGCUGCCUUUGAGAUAUCUCAGUAGGCCAAAGGAUGCUGAAGAUAAAGCCUCGUUAUUCUUGAAGGUGGGAAACAGGAGUCUCAAGAAUGGGACGGGGAAUGAUGGUCCUGUGCCUCAACAACCACCUCCACCUCCAAUCAAGACUACAAGUAACAAAGCAACUGUGCAGAUUACUGUCAUUACAUCCGUGUUUUCUUUGCUUUUGUGUUCGACCCUUGUCAUCUCCAGCCAUUUCAUGUACAAGAUUCGGGUAUUGAGGUAUAAAAGGCUGAUGGAGACUGGGAACUUGGGCCUCAAUGAAGAGGUGACUUUGAGAAGGUUUUCGUACAGCGAGCUGAAAAGAGCAACGAGUAACUUCAGACAAGAAUUGGGAAAAGGAUCUUUCGGAGCAGUUUACAAGGGAGAGUUGCACAAGGGUAGGAGGUUGAUUGCGGUGAAGAGACUAGAGAAGUUGGUGGAAGAAGGAGAAAGGGAGUUCCAAGCAGAAAUGCGAGCCAUUGGAAAAACCCACCACAAGAACCUAGUUCGCUUGUUGGGUUUCUGUGCCGAGGGUUCUAAAAGGCUUCUGGUUUAUGAGUACAUGCCUAAUAGCUCCCUUGAAAACGUUAUCUUUGGGGCUCACAAUCAGAGUCACAGACGCCCCGAGUGGGAUGAGAGAGUAAGAAUAGCAAUUGAGAUUGCAAGAGGGAUUUUGUAUCUCCAUGAAGAGUGUGAGGCACCAAUCAUUCAUUGUGACAUAAAGCCUCAAAACAUUUUGAUGGAUGAGUUCUACACAGCCAAGAUAUCUGAUUUUGGGCUGGCAAAACUUCUGAUGCCAGAUCAAACCAGAACCUUCACAGGGGCAAGAGGGACAAGAGGGUACCUGGCCCCUGAAUGGAACAAGAACAUGCCAAUAUCUGUCAAGACAGAUGUUUAUAGCUACGGAAUAGUGCUGUUGGAAAUAUUAUGUUGCAGAAGAAAUAUCGAAGUUCAUGUCUCCCAACCUGAGGAGGUUCUCCUCUCCAAUUGGGCUUAUAAGUGUUUUGUAGCCGGACAGCUUAAUAAGCUUUUCCUUUGGGAAGCCGUGGAUAAAACUGCGGGGGAAAAUAUGGUUAAGGUGGCACUUUGGUGUAUCCAAGAUGAACCUGUUCUGCGUCCAACGAUGAAGAGUGUGGUGUUGAUGUUAGAAGGGAUCACUGAUAUAGCUAUUCCUCCUUGUCCCAAUUCUAAUUCCAUCUGAAUUUCCUCUGCCAAGUAAAUGUUGCAGGCUUGCAGCCUUCAUGAAUAAUCACGUGUUUUUAGUUUAUUUUUUAUUUUUUUUUAUUUUUUAUUCAGUGUGUUUAUUUGUCUUCUGUUACGUACUAUUGUAUUCAUUUGAAUUAUGAAGCUUAUUUUUUUAGUGUUGUUGAGGUGAGAUAAGGUGGCAAGUCACGAGCUGAAGCAUUUAUUUCCCAUGUUAAUUCAUGUUUGAAACAU